UUUAUAUUAUUUGUUAGUUGUUAUUUUUAUAGACAUACUUAUGCAUAGUACUUAUUAUAGUUUUUAAAGUUAAAAUGCCUGUCUUAUGCUCUGCAAAAUGUGGUCAGAAUGCAGUACUAAAACGUCCAAAAACUGGAGAUACAUUAUGUAAAGAAUGUUUUUAUUGGGCUUUUGAACUUGAAAUUCAUAGCACUAUCACAAAUGGUAAAUUAUUCAAAAAAGGUGAUGUUGUUGCUAUUGCAGCUUCAGGUGGAAAAGACUCAACUGUUCUAGCAUAUGUUCUCAAGACAUUAAAUGAACGCUAUAAUUAUGAACUGAAAUUAGUAUUAUUGUCUAUAGAUGAAGGAAUCACAGGUUAUAGAGAUGAUAGUUUGAAAACAGUACUAGAAAAUAAAGAUGAAUACCAAAUGCCUUUAAAAAUAUUAUCAUAUGAACAGUUAUAUGGUUGGUCAAUGGACAAAAUAGUUGCUGAAGUUGGUCGUAAGAAUAAUUGUACAUUUUGUGGUGUAUUCAGAAGACAAGCUUUAGAUAGAGGUGCAACUUUAUUAAAUGUUGACUGUAUUGCUACUGGUCACAACGCUGAUGAUAUUGCGGAAACUGUGUUGAUGAACAUUUUACGAGGGGAUGUUGCAAGAUUGCAAAGAUGUGUAAAUAUCAUUACUAUAACAGAAGGCACAAUCCCUCGAUGCAAACCAUUAAAAUACACUUAUGAAAAAGAAAUAGUAAUGUAUGCAUAUUUCAAGAAAUUGAAUUAUUUUUCAACUGAAUGUGUUUUUGCGCCAAAUGCAUAUCGAGGAUAUGCAAGAACAUUUUUAAAAGAUUUAGAAAGAUUAAAACCAUCAUCUAUUAUGGAUAUAAUACAUUCUGGUGAAACAAUGUGUAUUAAAGAGAAUGUAAAAUUACCAGACAUUGGUGUAUGUACUAAAUGUGGAUUUGUGUCAAGUCAAGAUAUUUGUAAAGCGUGUAUGUUGUUAGAAGGAUUAAAUCGAGGAUUACCUAAACUUGGAAUUGGUAAAAGCAGCAAAGCUAAUAAAGCAUUGGCUGCAUUGCCAAACUCAAGGCUACUAAAUUUUUAACAUUUUUACUAUUUUUUUAAUUUGACAACAUAAUUUUGUAAAGCAUACAAAAGUAUAAUAUG